AAUGCUGCAACUCCCGCCGGUUUUCACACAGGCUUCUCCGCGGCCCGCCCCGCCAGCGAUCAAAACAAGAGCCCAAGCUGAGCGGCGACGGCGGGGUCCUGAGACUUUGUAGCGAGGUCGUGGUCGCAUGCAGAUGACGUUAAGGCGGCACGGCCCAAUCGCCGAGGGGAAUUCGCUCAGCGGCAAGCCAAUGGGAGCGCUCGUCUUAAAGGGGACGUCUCAUUCACAGCUGCAGAAACAUGUUCUGGACGUAGGCGAGUUUUGGCAGGAAUAGCGACUUCAUAGCGCUCGCUUUUUCCAUUUUGAUUAUUUUAGCUUUUUGAAGCUGUUUUAAUGUAGUUUUUUUGGUUGGUGUAAAUGACCAGCUUUUUGUAAUUAGUUCUACUUAAAACCACCCGUAUGAAUUAUAUGCACAUCCCCGUUCCUCAUUCUAACUUCCAAAGAUGUUCCAGCCAAGCACCAGAUCCGUCAAACCUACAGCACAGCUCUUCGCCUGCUUUCUAACGCGUACUCCAUGGAUUCGAGGCUGCGUGUCCACCCGGAGGAGCGGCCUGUGUGUCCAGGCCUGUCCGAGCCAACAGAGGUCUCUUCCCCGCAGGUACCUGGGCCAGCCCAGCCCUCACACACACCCCCACCUCCUCAGACCAGGUGAGGUGACCCCAGCUCUGACCCAGCGGGAGUUCGCACUUCGCCGCCACAGGCUGAUGGCCCUGAUCUCCGGGCGGGACGGGGGCGGCCCCCCCAGCGCCGGCCCGGGGCACGUGGCGGUCGUGCUGUCGCACCCCACGCGCUACAUGGCCAACGACAUCCCGUACCCCUUCCACCAGAGCGCCGACCUGCUCUACCUCUCCGGCUUCCUGGAGCCCGACUCCGCGCUGGUGCUGCACCUGCCCGCCGGCGCCCCCCCGGCCCACCACACCGCCUCGCUGUUCGUGCCGCGCCGGGACCCCGCCCGCGAGCUGUGGGACGGCCCGCGGUCGGGGCAGGACGGGGCGGCCGCUCUCACGGGGCUGGAGAGGGUGUACCCCACUGAGGAGCUGGGCAGGGAGCUGCUGGGGCUGAAGGGUAUGACACUGUUCCCGGGGGGUGGGGGUGGGGGUGGGGGUGGCAUGGUCCUGCUGGACGGGGGGUGUGAGUAUUUUGGCUAUGUCAGCGACGUCACCCGCACCUGGCCGGUGAACGGCAGGUUCUCCCCACCCCAGGCGGAGCUGUACCAGGCCGUGCUGGACAUCCAGGGGGCCUGCCUGACCCUGUGCUCCCCGGGCGUCAGUCUGGACAGCAUCUACAGCCACAUGCUGCGCCUGCUGGGCGCCAGGCUGAAGGACCUGGGCAUCAUCAGCUCCAGGGCCGGCGACGCCGACACGCACCGGGCAGCCAGGCGCUACUGCCCUCACCACGUGGGGCACUACCUGGGCAUGGACGUCCACGACACGCCUGACCUGUCCCGGGCACAACCGCUCCGCCCUGGCAUGCGACUCGGAGACUUUCUCUUCCUCCUCCCCUCCUCCUCCUCCUCCCGUCACUACUACUACAACUACUACUGCUGCAGCAGCUAG